CGGAACCUCGCUCAACUUCUUGGACCGGUCAACAUACGGGACUCUUGCCAGUGCCGGACAUCAACUCGAAAUUUGGUUUGUGAAGGGACAUCAUAAAAUAAACAGAUACCGGCUAAGCUAGACUUAGACCGGCAUGCAUUCCCAGUUUUGAACCCCUCAACGACAAACCGACUACGCCGUGCUGAUCACAGACGGCCCCAACAUGAUGGCCUCGCUCAUGAACUGGUUCCGCAAGGGCCCCUCGGGAUAUGCACCUCUUCUGGAUCAAUCGGCCUCCAACGGGGGUCUUGGCCAAGGCACUCGGCCGAGAUGGACUCGACGUGCUACGAAGCUCGCCGGCCUCGCGCUGAUGGUGGUUUUGGUGGGCUUUGCGACGGUUGUCUUUAUGCAACGCGGGCCUCUAAAAUGCGACGACACACCUGACCGGGGCUACCUGUGCGGCACUCCCAUCUACCACUACUGGGGGCAGUACUCGCCCUACUACUCGGUGCCAUCAGAGAUUGACCCCUCCAUCCCCGAUGACUGCGAGUUGACCUUUGCGCAAGUCCUCUCCCGCCAUGGGGCGAGGGCUCCGACCUUCACCAGGUCGGUACACUACCGCCUCAUCGUCGCCAGGAUUUACGACGCCAAGUCUUACGGUCCAGGCUUCGAAUUCCUUCGAGACUACAAAUACCGCUUGGGGGCCGAUCAGUUGACCCCGAUGGGCCAGCAACAGAUGGUGAACUCGGGACUCAAGUUCUACCACCGCUACCGCUCCCUCGCCCGCAAAUCACCUCCUUUCGUCCGCGCCGGCGGCCAGGACCGCGUAGUCCACUCCGCCCAAAACUUCACCCAGGGCUUCCACGCGGCCCUGCUCGCCGACCCCGAGUCCACCGCGCGGCCCCGCCUCCCCUACGACAUGGUCGUCAUCCCGGAAACGGCCACCACCAACAACACGCUCCACCACAGCCUCUGCGACGCCUUCGAGCGCGGCCGCUACGCCACCAUCGGCAGGGCCGCCCAAAAAGCCUACCUCACCACCUUCGCCGCCCCCAUCACCGCGCGCAUCAACGCCAACCUCGCCAUCCGCGGCGACCCGUUCGACGACCGCGACACCAUCGCCCUGAUGGACCUGUGCCCCUUCGAGACGGUCGCCUCGCCCGGCGGCGCCGUCCCGGCCCCCUUCUGCCGCCUCUUCACCCCCGCCGAGUGGCGCCACUACGACUACUACCAGUCCCUCGAGAAAUGGUACGGCUACGGGCCGGGCAACCCGCUCGGCCCGACCCAGGGCGUCGGCUUCGUCAACGAGCUGCUCGCCCGCCUCACCCGCACCCCCGUGGCGGACGGCACGAGCACCAACCGCACGCUGGAUGCGGACCGGGAGACGUUUCCGUUGGAUAGGGCGCUGUAUGCGGAUUUUAGUCAUGAUAAUGACAUGAUGGGCGUGCUGGGCGCGCUGGGCGUGUAUGAUGGGGUCGCGAUGCUGGAUAAUAGCACCCGGCAGGAGCCCGAGGAGAGUGGGGGGUAUGCGGCGGGCUGGGCGGUGCCGUUUGGGGCGAGGGUGUACGUGGAGAAGAUGCGGUGUGGGGUGAAAGGGGAGAAGGGUGAGGGUGCUGAGGAGGGUGAGGAGGAGGGCGAGGAGAUGGUGCGGGUGCUGGUGAAUGAUCGGGUUAUGAAGUUGAGUCGGUGCGGUGCGGAUCACAGGGGUAUGUGUACCCUUGGACGGUUUGUGGAGAGCAUGGAGUUUGCGAGAGGCGAUGGCAGGUGGGAUUUGUGUUUUUGAGUGAUGCGUAUGAUAUGAUACCCCGGGCUACGUAGGUAUGAAAUAAGGAAGUUAUGAUUAUGCGGUCGAAGCCGGAAAAGACACUCUCUGCACAGUCUUCGCGUCUGGGGAUGGCAUAUGGGUUGGUUAACAGCUUGCCUUAGCUUUGGACUCGGUGAGUUUUUUGGCGGAUAAUAUCCUCGCCUACGAUUCUUUCCGGUCUGAGAAGCAACUGUUCUGGGCCCUUGGC